AUGCGGCUGGCUACAUUAUUGUUGACUCUUGACCUCCUGGUGUUUGGGCUGGGUGGAGUGCAAUGCAAUGAAACCGACCCCACGCUGCUUGUCAAUGCCUCGAACUCCACACUCGCGGAGACAUCGGCUGGCUUCGUCCCCGUGACAACGAUCCUUGCGACCCCGAGCCCCGGGCAGCUCACGCAGGCUCAGUCCACCGCGAAGGCACCGCCCAAGGACACGACCUACUACUCCCUGAUCCGCCUGAACAUCGAGGGUGACAUACCGGCGGGGACGAGCCUGCAGGACUACCUUAAGAAGCAGAUCGAGCUGUACGUCGCGACGUACGGGGCCGAGGUCAGCAGCCUUGUUAUCGAUUAUGUCACCCAGAUCCUGACCAACCAUGUGGACCCUGGCAGCGGGCUUUCGGGCAACCAUCGGAGGCUCAUGCAGGCGAUCGGGAACGGGACGGACCUCCCCCCGAACACGACGGCGGUGAUCGUGGCCCUGCAGUCUCAGUCCUGGACCAACAUGCAGGCGGUGACCGCCGGGGUGAACGCGCAGAACCUUGCACGGUCGUCCAACGGGAGAAAGGUCCUCCAGGUCUCGGCCGUGUCGUCUACUGUUUCGUACCCGUCCGGGCCGUUAUGA